ACACCUGUAAAAUAAUUAGUCAUUGUUCACUAGCUGGUGAUUUUAAAGAACAUUUCAACAGUUCUUCUGAGCAGGCACUUCCCAAUUCUGAAGUAGUUAAUACUCUCCGCGUAACAUCCAACGAGACACUGGUGUUGCCAAAAAAGGAAAAAAAAAAGGUGCCUGGGUAAAAAAAUAGGACUUAUUUUUAAAAAGUUGACUCUGCAAAAAAAUUGUAAUCAAAAUCCUGUCUUUUAAAAAAAAAAUUGUCUGUGGAAUGCAAUGCUAGUGGGAACCAGAAUAGCUCUCGAUCCAUGUUGGCCGGUUGAGGAAGUGACUCUACCUUUGGUAGAUACACAGACAGACAUACACAUACACACACGAGAAAAGGAUGGCUAAUGUUGAGUCUUUUUGCAGCUAAGUGAAGUAUCUCCGUCCCUUGCCAGUGCUGGGGGUCUGCAGGUUGCUGUACUGCUGGUGAAUGUCAGAGACAAGGACGGGCUCCAGGUCAGCCCAAGGGUCCUGCAGCAUGGAAGAUGCCGACAGACCUGCUGAGCUUUUCCAGCAACUUUGUUUUUGUUCCCAAUUAACAACUGGAGUGUGGGAUGUGAUCUCAUGCCCUCAGAACAGAAGCCUCUGGAUGAAAAGCGGUGGUUUAACCAGUGGGUUACUAGACCCCAGCAUUCAAUACAAUGGUACACAAGAAGGUUUGCCAUUUUGAGAAGGCACCCUGUUUUACAUGGAGAAAACAAUAUCAAUCGUAUGUGAAGUAAUAUCAUUAAAUAGUAAACAAUCUAACAAAAACCUUACGUAGAAAAUGGAGUCUCAGGAUGAAGACAUGAUUGAGUGCGAAAAGAUACCAUUUCCCGCUGCUCCCCAUAGAGACAAUAAAAUGGCAAGAAGUCCUACCCAUUUUAUACAUUCCUGGGAGUCUGAAAGGAAACUCAUAGAUGUUCUCAUCAGACUCAGUGAGGAGACUUAUGAUGACAACCAAAAGCAAAUGGAUCAAAUCAUUGUUAGUAAUGGAUGGGAUGAUGCGAUGCAUGGCUGGAGAAGGGAUAACUCCUACACCCUUCUUAAGAAGUCAAAGAAAUCACGAAAGGAUGGUAGGAAGGGGAACCACUGUGUGUUCUGUGCAGAAAUGGUGCCCAUCUCAGAAAAGAAAGCCUUCCAAAAUAUUGAUCAGUCUAGCCUUUUAUCCAAAUCACCCAGCAGUACAAUGGUGUGCAAGUUCACAGAGAGGAAUACCAAGUCCUCUACAGAGAGAGCACGUCCUGUCUCACAAACUAAGUUACAGCUGUACAGCUCCACAGUUUCAGAGACACAAACUAAAGGCACUCAAGAACUUCAUGUCCAAGACAACAAGAGCGAGCCUGAAGUUAACUCAUCUCAGGAAAUAGAGUGUGAAAUUAUCAACGCAGGUCCUGACCAACAGACACCAGCAACAAAGCAUUUUUCUGUGCUGCCACCUGUAAAAACGGCCAAUGGUGAUGAAACAUAUGUCUCAGGUUUCAAAACAGAAAAAACAUUUUGUUUGGACUUACAAAAUGGCAACCGAGAUCUGCAAACUGCGAGUGUAGUGUCGAAGCACAAUAACAAAGACAGUGUGGGCAUUAGGGCAAAUGCUUGUAAUAUGGCCAUGUUACAGGUCAGCAAAAUCCCAAAAGUUGGAAAUUCUGCUCCUGUUGGAUUUACAAGGAUUCCCUUCCUGAGCACCAUGCAUCAUUGGUGCUGGCAAUACUCUUUGAUGCAAGGCCACCAGAACCUGGCCAUCAAUGGUGUUGCAGCUUCCAAAAUAAUCGAGUGCCACAGCAUAAAAGUACAACCCUCCAAAAUAACAAAACACCACACAAAGAACUACAAGCAAGCCAACUACAGUAAAUCUACUUAUACUCACAGUACUCCAAUUAAUAUGCGUUCAAACAGCAUAAGACACAGGAAUGUCACAGAAAGAGAUAUUCUCCCAGUGAUUCCACAGCCAGGACCACCACAGUUAUCAGGAACCACUAUACCAAUCUCCAUAUUGUCACAUAAAUUUCUAUAGUCUUAUCAAAUUUCCUCCUCUUCCCCAGUCUUAGGGUUAGUGGUUAUCAAGAUUGAUCAGAGAGCUCUUGUUGCCAACCUGGGUGAAAUUAGCUAACUCAGAACAGACCAUUCUGCAGAUGCCAUACCCAGACUGGAAAGUUUAUUGUGGUGUCACAGGGAAGGGGACAAUAGUUCAUUAUGUUGAUUAGCAAACACAGAUGUAUUUGGGAUAGCUAUAUUCACUUGCAGUGAUAAAUGCUUCUAUUAAUCUAUGUAAAAUGAAUCUAGUAUGGCAGAACCUUAAAUGAUGUUAUACUAGUGCACCUACAGAUCUCAAAUUACAAUAUCCAAAAUGCAUUUUGUCUCGUGUCACAUGAUUUAAUUUCAUUUUUGGAUGAGAACCAUAGUAGCAAAACAAUUUUUUAUUUUGUUUUUUUAAAAAGGAAACACUAGCUAUAAACCUGGUGUGAGAUUGGUAAAUCAAUCUCCACCUUCACUAAGGAAUCGACCAUCUGGGAUAGGAUUUAUAGCAAUUCUCGUGUGCAUGCGCGUGUGCGUGAUUAUUUCACUUGCAGGCCAGACCCUGGCCUGUUCCAUUACAAUUAGUCUUAUUGUUGUCUUAUGGGGAUGUUUGUGUCUGAUGUGUACAUGCCUAAAUAGUUUCACUAAAAUGAUACAAAUCACUGCAGGAUUCUUUGACUGUCAUCUAUAACUUGCUGAGAAAGGAGAUUUGUUUCAAAACAAUGCACUAGGCAAAUUUUAAGGCAUCAACCUAAUGGGUGACUUUUUAAAAAAAAUUCAUUCAACACAUUGCUGUGGAUCUGGAGUAACAUUAGGCCAGAUAAGGAUGGAAGAUUUCCUUCCCUAUAUGGCAUUUGUGAGCCAGAAGCACAUUGAACCCAGGACCCACAACAUUACCUAGGUCUGUGGAUGUAUAGUUGAGCAAUAAUAUAACACAGCCAACACCUCCUCUGGCUUGCAACCUGAGAAUUUCUAUUCUAUUUUUAUAAUUUGUGUUGAAAUAUCUGGAGUCAACACAUACCAGCUGAAUACAGAUUGUUACAUACAAUGCAUCUGAAGCAUACAAAGAAACUAUUCAAGUCCUGUAGUGGUACAUUGUCAGUGGUGUUGAUAUAAACAAUAA